GCGACAUGUGAGGUGAGCCCUGGAGCAACACAGCGCUGGACGCUUCCGCUUCAGCUGCGGACCAUGGGAGAGGAAACGAGAGCGGCUUAAAUAGCACUUCACCCCCUGAACCCCUUGCGUGUGCCUUGUUUGCAACAGCUUCUUGCAGGCUUUGGCUUGGCUUGCAGCUUCCUUUUCAAUCCGUGUGUAAGCUCACAGCCUCACACCAUAUCACUGUGCUGUUGUCUGUGCUGCAGCGCAGUGUGCGCCCAUCUCCAGCUCCAGGCCUUUAUAGCCUAGCCUUUUCUGGCCCCGUGAUAAUUCCAGAGAGAGAAAGGAGGACAGAGGGGUGAGAGAGGGAGAGAGAGCUGAGAAGGCAUGGCCAUGGAGAGUAGUGAGGAGGGAGCCACACUUUGUGGCCACCAAGAAGCGGCGGCGGCGGCGGCGGCCGUGAAGGGAGGAGGAGGGGGCAAGAGGAGGAAGAAGGGGCAGAGGAGAGGGGGAGAAGCAGGCGGGGAGAGGAAGAAGUACAAGCUCGUGAGCUACCACGAGCUGCCGGACUACAUGAAGGAGAACGAGUUCAUCCUCAACUACUACCGCUCCGAGUGGCCCAUCCUCAAUGCCGUCCUCAGCCUCUUCUCCUGGCACAACGAGACCAUCAACAUCUGGACGCAUCUCCUUGGCUUCAUGCUGUUCUUCGGCCUCACCCUGGUGCAUCUUGGCCAGUACUUCCCCCAGGUUGCUGAUCUGAUUGGGCACCUUUCCUGGCCAAUCUCAAAGGUUGCUGAAAAUGUCUCCAGCAAUAUCGGGGAUGUCUUAUCGGGUGCGGCGAUGUUCAUCCAGACGAACCCGACGCUGGCGUCGUACGGCACGGCGGUGGCGUCGCAGACGACGCGGUGGCCCUUCUUCGUGUUCCUUGCCGGCGCCAUGUUCUGCCUGCUGAGCAGCAGCGCGUGCCACCUGCUGUCGUGCCACUCCCACCGGCUGAACCUGUUCCUGAUCCGGCUCGACUACACGGGCAUCGCCGUCAUGAUCGUGGUCUCCUUCUUCCCGCCCAUCUACUACAUCUUCCAGUGCGAGCCGCGGUGGCAGGCGGUGUACCUGUCGGCGAUCACGGCGGCGGGCGUUGGCACGGUGUACGCGCUCAUGUCCCCGCGGCUGAGCGCCGCCCGGUACCGCGCCCACCGCGCGCUGCUGUUCGUCGGGAUGGGCCUGUCGGGCGUGGUGCCGGCGGCGCACGCGGCCGCCGUGAACUGGCACGAGCCUGCCCGGAACGUGACGCUGGCGUACGAGGGUGCCAUGGCGGCGUCGUACCUGGUCGGCACGGCGUUCUACCUGAGCCGGGUGCCCGAGCGGUGGAGGCCCGGGGCGUUCGACCUCGCCGGCCACAGCCACCAGAUCUUCCACGCGCUCGUCAUCGCCGGCGCCCUCGCACACUACGGCGCCGCCAUCGUGUUCCUCAAGGCCCGCGACGAGAUGGGAUGCCCGGCAAAGUGACCGGGAGCUAGCGCAUGGAGUGGAAAAGGAUUCGUUUUGUUUACAGCGGCUUUACUUACAGUUACAGCAGCAAGUGUGCAAUAUUAGUCUUGUUACCGUCCGAUGAAUGACAGUUGAUUGGAAUUUUUACAGAUUCGUUCUCAAUUUGUACAUAGAAGAAGCUUAUGAUUGAGCUAAUAGAUUCUUUGUCGGCUUGAAGAUCCUGCAAAA